GCGCCCCGCGCCCCGCGCCCUGCGGGAGGGCUGAGCCGCGACUCCAGGCGGGCAGGUGCGGAGGGAGCAGAGCGGACCACGGCCAAGGGUGGAAGCAAGUCCUGCGAGGAGAGAGGCGCUGCUGCUCCAGCUGCCUCGGCCGCCGCCACCAUCGAGCCGGCGUCCAGAGCGGGGCUGGCAGGCCGGGCGCGGAGACGAGGGGAGCGAGGGGCGCGCUCAUGGAGCACACGCACGCCCACCUCGUAGCCAACAGCUCUCUGUCCUGGUCCCCCAGCUCGGCCUGCGGCUUGGGCUUGGUGCCCGUGGUCUACUACAGCCUCUUGCUGUGCCUCGGUUUACCAGCAAACAUCCUGACCGUGAUCAUCCUCUCUCAGCUGGUGGCCAGAAGGCAGAAGUCCUCCUACAACUAUCUCUUGGCACUUGCGGCUGCGGACAUCCUGGUCCUCUUUUUCAUCGUGUUCGUGGACUUCCUGUUGGAAGACUUCAUCUUGAACAUGCAGAUGCCUCAGGUGCCCGACAAGAUCGUGGAAGUGCUGGAAUUCUCGUCCCUGCACACCUCCAUUUGGAUUACUGUUCCCUUGACCAUUGACCGGUACAUCGCCGUCUGCCACCCACUCAAGUACCACACGGUCUCCUACCCUGCGCGCACCCGGAAGGUCAUUGCGAGCGUUUACGUCACCUGCUUCGUGACCAGCAUCCCCUACUACUGGUGGCCCAACCUCUGGACGGAAGACUACAGCAGCACCUCUGUGCAUCACGUCCUGAUCUGGAUUCACUGCUUCACGGUGUACUUGGUGCCCUGCUCCAUCUUCUUCGUCUUGAACUCAAUCAUUGUGUACAAGCUCAGGAGGAAGAGUAACUUUCGCCUCCGCGGCUACUCCACAGGGAAAACCACCGCCAUCUUGUUCGCCAUAACCUCCAUCUUUGCCACCCUCUGGGCCCCCCGCGUCGUCGUGAUUCUCUACCACCUCUAUGGGGCGCCCAUCCAGAACCGCUGGCUGGUGCACGUUAUGUCCGACGUUGCCAACAUGCUGGCCCUUCUGAACACAGCCAUCAAUUUCUUCCUCUACUGUUUCAUCAGCAAGCGGUUCCGAGCCAUGGCGGCCGCCACGCUCAAGGCCUUCUUCAAGUGCCAGAAGCAACCCGUACAGUUCUACACCAACCAUAACUUUUCCAUAACGAGUAGCCCCUGGAUCUCACCGGCCAACUCACACUGUAUCAAGAUGCUGGUGUACCAGUACGACAAAAAUGGAAAACCUAUAAAAGUAUCCCCAUGACCCCGUGGGUUUGGCACCCAGUGCCUCUGUCUAAUCCAUUUCCGGAUGGGAGGGUGGCCCAUCCUCGGCUGAACGGCUCUCCUUGAGAGUGCUAAUCUGAUUUCCUGUCUCCACAGACUGAGAAACUCUCAGACUGGUAGAUGAGAAAAGCUGGAAGAGAAGAAGGAAAAGCAUGAAUCUUGUUUCCAUUUAUGCAUUUAUUUUCACAAAGUCAUGUUGACAGCAAAAGUUCCUACCAGUUUGACGAUGCCAUUGGAGCUAGUGUCAUCAUCUUGUGGUCAGUAAGGACACACAGUAGAGAAAUAGCCUAUGACUUAGCCUUGGCACCAUCUACAGUCACUGGGAACUACUCAUUUAUGUGACACACCAAGCCACAGUAGCACGUAUCUGAGCCCACACUCUUCUUCCAAGAGCUGAGGUCAUCCAUCGCUUCCCUGUGCUCUUCUCAGCAGCUAACUGCUGACCAACUCUGGAUUUUUCCAAGAUGCCCUCUGUCCUAGAGAGGGCUGUGACCUUGAAGUAGCCCUGGCACCCCUGGCUAUGGAAUGACACUGUGGGGACAGGGGAGUAUUGAAUCCCAUUCAAACUCUGGCCAGAGCUUCUUUGGAAAGGCUUCAGACCAACGUAACUAUGACACUCAGACCUGGGGUCUAAGCCGCAGUCUUUCUAUUCACCAUUAUGUAUAGAUUUUAUCUAUCUCCUCCAACACAAAGACCCUGCCUGGUGCAUGGGGGGAAAGGAGGAUUUAUUGAGCCCAGAAAAACAAAAAAAAUAAGCCCACUCUUGCCAUUGUUUCGAUCCAUCCCCAUGUCAGCUGUGCACAAUCCCUUUACUCAAAAUAGCUUCUUGUGAUGGUGCCACUCGAGCUUCCUGGAGAAGCCUUUUACGUGUAAAGUUGCCAACCCUGCCUCCUUGCUUACUGAAGCCCUCACCAAAUUGUUUUAUUUAAAGUGACUUCCGAACUGGAUUUAAUUUUCGAGGGUCAGGAACUGUAGCUCUCCAGGUGUGAAGGGAGGCAUUCUCAGUUCUGCCCCACAGUCCAGCUGACAUUGCCAUUCGGCCACAAAUGCAGACACAAUCGACAUGGAAAGGUGCCCAUGUGGUCUGCUUGUCUGCCCUUUGAUGCACAUGACUCAAAAGAUGGUGCCAGUUUUUGGUGAAGCUAUUUAACCCAGAUCCUUUGCAAAAUGAUAAAAUAUGAAUUUAUUUAGUUAUGCUCCCCUUGCCUUUCCAAGGCAAGAACAGUUCUAGGAUGUAAUUAAAAAGGGCUUCCCUGGGAACUACCACUCAUGU